GAAUGUCGCUCCACCUGUCUGACUGUUCGAGCACGCCCCUCGCUCGCGCUCCGCUCACCUGAGAUCAAGCGUCAUUCCGGAGAAACAUCAUGACGCGACACUUUUACUUCUUCAUUCUCAUUAUCCCAAACUUCGCGAUUUUCCCAGUCCAGAGCACAGACCAGACUUCACAUUUGAAGAAGUAUGAUGUGGUCAAACCUCAGCUGGUUCAUGAGCGCUGGAGGAGGCAUGCAGACCCCUCACACACACCUGCACAGGAUAGACAUGCUGAUAGCAUUACAUACUCGGUCAGGAUUGACGGUCAUGAACGUGUACUGCAUCUGACAAAGAACACACAUUUUUUACCGAAGAACUUUGUUGUGUUGUCUCAUGAUGUACUGGAGAAAGGAAAAGCACACACAGAAACACUGGAAAACUGUCACUAUCAAGGACAUGUGGAGGGUUAUGAAGACUCUCUCGUAGCUCUCAGCACCUGUGAAGGUCUCAGGGGGAUCAUUCUCAUUGAUAAUAAUAGCUAUGGCCUGGAACCCAUCUUGCACUCCAAAGCCAAUGAGCACCUCCUCUUCCUGUUGAAGGACAGUCAGACAGAGCCAUUUGUAUGUGGACUGGCCAAUGAAACGUCUUCCAGCGAGGACCACUCCCAUUCCGCUGACAUGUCCAUGUUUUUACGGAAAAAACGAAACUUACCUCAGACCAAAUAUGUGGAGUUGGUGUUAGUAGUGGACAACCUAAGGUUCGUCUUUAAAAACCACGAUAUAACUGCCGUGCGUAAUGAGAUGGUCCAGUUGGCUAACUUGCUGGAUACGUACUACAAACAGCUGAAUAUCCGGAUAGCACUGAUUGGCGUGAGGAUUUUUGACAAGGAGAACCCCUUCAGUGUGGAAGGCAAUCCUGGGGAAGUGUUGGGCAAUUUUGUGCAGUGGAGAAAGACAGAUCUGUUACCUCAACUUAGGCAUGACGUGGGGCAGCUUAUUGUAGGCCGAUCAGCAUCGUACACUGGAGGUGUGCUCGGCAUGGCCUUCGUAGGGGCUGUGUGCUCUGUGAACAACGGUGGAGGAAUCAAUGUGUUUAGCAACAACAAUCUGCAGUCAUUCUCUACGGUGAUUGCUCACGAGCUGGGCCAUAACCUGGGCAUGAGUCAUGACAUCACUGGUUGUAAGUGUGAUGGGAGCUGCAUCAUGGCACCCACUGCCGGAGGAGCGACUAAAUUCAGUGGCUGCAGUGAGAGAGACUUCGAGAGGUUGAUUCUGAGAGGUGGAGGGACGUGUUUGAGGAACCCGCCAUCUCAAGACAACAUCAUCACGGUGCCCAGGUGUGGGAAUGGCAUUCUAGAGAGUGGAGAAGAGUGUGACUGUGGCACACCGCAGGAGUGCACUAAUAAGUGUUGCAAUGCCGCUACAUGCACCCUCACUAAGGGCUCGGUCUGUGCAACAGGAAGCUGCUGUGAAAACUGUCAGAUCAAUGUGGCUGGCACACCCUGCAGACCGUCCGUCAACCCUUGUGAUCUGCCGGAAUUCUGCGGUGGAACGUCUCCAUUCUGUCCGGCAGAUUUCUACAUGAUGGACGGCCUCCCGUGUGCCAAUAAUGCAGCCUUCUGCUUUGAGGGCCGUUGCCAGACAUUUGACUACCAGUGCAAACAGCUUUUUGGCUCCGAGGCAACUAAAGCAGAUGAUAAGUGCUUUAGUCAUGUUAAUACUCUUGGCAAUGCGUUUGGGAACUGUGGAUACUCUGGGUCUACACCGAAACCUUGUGAAGUGCAAAAUGCUAUGUGUGGAAAAGUCCAGUGCGUAUUCGACAGCAACCACCCACCACCAGGAGCGACGGUCAGCGUAUUAAAAAUUGAGGAAAACAAAAUCACCUGCAUGAAUGCUGACUUCAGCAUGGGCCCAGAUGUGCCAGAUCCAGCCUAUGUCAAAACUGGCUCAGUCUGCGCUCCUGGAAAGGCGUGUUUGGACUUUACGUGUUUGAAUUCUUCAGUUCUGGAUCAGAGUCAGAAAUGUGACACCCAGAGAAACUGCAACAGUAAUGGAGUGUGUAAUGAUAAGUUCCAUUGUCAUUGUAAUAAUGGCUGGGCUCCACCCAACUGUGACAAAACCGGCAGAGGAGGAAGUCUCGACAGCGGCCCUGCGCAGAUCGAUUACUCCCUGAGAGACGGACUCUUGAUCUUCUUUCUUCUGGUGGUGCCAAUUUUGGUGGUCUUAAUAAUCAGUUUGCUCUACAUAUUCAGAAGAGACAGUUUCAACCGUUGUGUAAAGUGCCGUCCUUCCAAACCUCAAAGGUCAACGGAUGCAACAAAUGGUCCAUCAAAUGCGCAGUCAAAUGUGGAAGCAAACGGCAGUACAACAAGAGUGUCAACCCCACAGUCAAUGACACAGCCACCUAGACCAGCACGUCUAGUGGAUACCUCAGUGACUCAACCAAGUCAAGGGCCAGGAGUCCCCAGACCAAUCCCGCCAAGACAGACCCAAGUACCAGUAUGAAGAAGGAGUGACGUUGCACAGUUGUUGCUUUUUGUAUUGUAUUCUUACUUGACCCACUUUUCCAAAGAAGUCUGCAGCAAACCUCUGAUUGCUCUGAAUUGUAAUCACCUUUUCUAGAAUUUUUAACGGAUGAAGGACCAAUGCUGUUCUGAACUGGUUGGGGAAAAAGAAUAUGCGGUUUAUAAUUAUUUAAAAAGAUGUUUACAGAGAUUUAUCAUUUUCUUUUUCUACAGUAAGUGAUGACAAUAUGACCUCUGAAAGCAUAUGAUGGUUGUUAAUAUUUAUUGCCUUUGAGGGAAGAAUUCAUUUCUCCUUGAUUGAGCUGCACUGUAAUCCUGAGUUCAGUUCAGGGAUUCAUCCAGGACAGCAAACUAGAAAUCUGUUCGAAAUUUUGCCUAUUUAGUAACAUUCAGAAUAAAGCUUCUCUUUUUUUUUAAAUGCAACAUUCUGUUCUGUUAGUUAGAUUAGCUCUUUUAAUACCAUUAUUUUGAUCUAAAUUGUAAAAUUUGUAAUUUUAC